UCCGUUAAUUUAAAUUAAUAAGAUAUUCAUUUAAAUUUUAAUUAAGAACAUAAUUUUUUAAACAAUUUUUUAUUUUGUCAUCACCAUCGUUAGAAUUACACGUCUAGUCUAAAUCACUUACAAUGGAUUACUGUUAAAAAAAAUUAAAAAUAGAUGAUCGUUUGAAAUUCUUUGAUAAAUCUGUAAACGUUAUUUUUCAAUUCACAGACAAUUUCAUAUAAUUAGUAACAAAUUAUUCGUAUGAAAUUAUUUAGGCUAUAGCUUUGACAUUAUUUAUCGCCAAUAAAUAAUUACCGAACAAAUAUCUGAAGGCUGAAUGCGAUCGUUUCAAUGUUGUAAUUUGCAACGUAACCUUACAUUUAGGUUAAUAGUGUUCACACUUAAACACUGUCCGUUCUAACACCAAACUGAUGAUUAUAGUUUUGAGUAAACACGUUGUUAAACGCCCGGCAACUGUUUCAAAUCUAUUUUCAGAUUAACCGUUGCAAACUAAUCUCAACUCAAUACCCGUUUGUAUGAAGAUCGUUGUUUUUUCAAAAAAGGAUAACUAAAAACUGCUUCUCGAAGCAUAUUAAAAUAUAUUUUUUUUGUCAUAAAUUGUCUAACUAUCUAUAUUCGACAGUGCUGUAUGUUGGCGCGCAAACAGACAAUAUUGCUCAUUACUUUUCGCAUAUAAAAAGUUUGACGUCAAUAUUCAGACGGAAAAGUCAUAGAAGACGGAAAGUGUAGUGCAACUGUGAUUUAAAAACAUUUAUCACAAUGAUGACGAUAAGCGAGAGCCAGUACUCCUCAAACAAGAUGUCCAGCAUCCACAAAGUCAACGAUCGCGUGGUACAUAAGGACAGCUUCGAUGACGUCACCAGUUCCUCGAGUGUCAACAGCUCGCUAAUAACCAAACGAGGAUUCAAGCCGUCCGAUAUGUUCGAUCCCAAAAAAAAAGAAUUCCUCACAAACCUCAGCUAUAAGCUGUUCCCUGUAAGUUGGAAUGACGUGGACGUCGCCCCCAUGCCUUUGCCUCCCCUGGAUCUACCAGAGGAUUUGGAGAACAAACCGAUCAUCGUGGGUGACAAAGAGGUGGACUUGAACAAGAUCUUCACGCCCGCACCUGAUGCUGAAGAGCAUAUCAUUAAGAAAGACCGUAAAUUCGAGAAGACAUUCGCAUCAUCAGCAUUCUACGUGCCCGGUGUCCACCCAACGGUGAAGGAGCAGAUGGACCUCGCGAAGGCCAUCUCCAAGUCCUUGUCCGACUCCAGCAACCAGAUGAGCAAGGGACAGACCAUGUACGUGAAUAGGAAGAAGAGAUCUGUCAAGUGGGUGCACGAGGGCAGAGGCCGCAACACAUCCAACACAUGCAGCACCCCCACGCCUGUCGCCAAUCACGACACGCCGUACCGACCGCCCUCCAGCGUCAGAAACCAGAAAACCUACCCGAAAUCCGCUCUCAAACACACAUCGAAUCUACCAAAGAUGGAGCCAUUUCCGGUGACACCGCCGACUAUAACAGUGCAGAAUAUUGAGGUGCCCGUGCCGUUGGCGCCAACGAAACUUAACGAUGUGUACGCGUCGCCAAAAAGCCCGCGUCUGCCGCUCGUGUGCGGACCGAACUUUAACGUGGCGCCGCGCGGCUGGGGGCAGGUGGAGGGUUACUACCGGCCUGUCUCGCUAGACGCCGUCGGCAACCCGGGCUACACAGAUUACUAACCGAUGAUAAUUCUCUGACUUUCAAAUAAAACCUUUUUCCUUUUUAAUCAUACGUCAUUUUUAAUUUUUAACUUAAACUAUAUAUAUUUUUAUAAUAAUCACAACAAACAGCGUAUUGAUUUAAAUAUAGCUAAUAAGAAAAUGAUUUUCACGUUUUUCAAAGGAAUAAGACAGUGUUUCCUUUGAAUUUUUAUUAGCAUUUACGAUUAAAACCAAAUUUGUAUAACCAAAUAUGAGGUCUUAUUUUGUUGUCUUUAACCGCGUUAGUCUAUACACUAGUCAUAUUUGUAUUUUUUAAACUAUUCGAGUUGUUAGUUAUUUAUAAACGAGAAUAUUUUGUGUAUACAUUAUAUUUCUUAUGUAUCGUAAGUCUAAAGUUAUUAAGUAAUUUUAAAUAGAUUAAGUUUAAUAUACUUACAUUAUCGUUUGUAGUUAUUUAUUCAGCUUCUGUUUCUGUGGUAUUUUAUAAUAAUUUGAAAUAAAAACGUUAUAAAUG